AUGGACGUUUCACGUGCACGAGCAGCUGCUGCUUUCAUCAUAAUACAUCACAUUAUUAAAAAAAAACCUAAACGAAAAGCGCGAUGGUGGAUGAAGAAAUUGUACGUUAAUCGAAUGCAGUGUGGUGUUAAACUUUUGGAAGAUAUGAGAUAUGAAGCCGUUGAAGAUACAAUAAAAAAUUUUACAAGAAUGACAACUAUAGAGUUUGAGCACUUAAAAUCAUUAAUUGAGCCACAGGUGAAGAAAAUGGACACACAAUUUAGAGAAGCGAUUUCAGUAACGGAAAGAUUAGGCAUAACAUUAAGAUUUUUAGCAACUGGAGACUCAUAUACAAGCCUGCAAUACCUUUUUCGAGUAUCAAAACAAUCCAUUUCACGAAUAGUUCCAGAAGUUUGUGAUGCAUUAUGUAAUGCUCUGAAAGAUUGGGUUAAGGCACCAGACUCUGAAGAAGAAUGGUUAGAGAUAGCACAAGAUUUUGAAAGAAAAUGGAAUUUUCCUCAUGUAAUAGGCGCGUUAGAUGGAAAGCAUGUAAUGUUACAAGCACCGGUUAACAGUGGUACAGAAUAUUAUAACUAUAAACAUUUUUUCAGUAUAGUACUAAUGGCUUUAGUAGACGCUGACUAUUGCUUUAGGUACGUAGAUGUUGGUUGUAAAGGUAGACGUUCUGAUGGUGGUGUUUUCAAGAAUACUAAAUUAUACAAAAAACUAGAAGAAAAAUCUUUGAAAAUACCCCCUCCAUCAAUACUUCAGGUCCCCUAUGCUAUCAAAAUACCUUAUGUAAUUCUGGCUGACAAAGCUUUUUCACUUAAUGAAUACACUAUGAAACCAUUUAAAGGAGAACCAGCCAGAGGUUCACAGGAAAGAAUCUUUAAUUACAGGCUAUCUCGAGGACGUCGAGUAGUCGAAAAUGCUUUCGGAAUUCUGAGCUCAGUAUUUAGAGUACUACGGAAGCCUAUGUUAUUAGAACCUAAAACGGCUACUAAAAUUGUUCUAACCACUAUUCAUUUGCAUAAUUAUUUGAGGAAAAAACCAAAUACGCGAUCACUAUACACGCCACCUGGAUCUCUAGAUAGUGAGACAGAUGGGGAACUUAGACCAGGAACUUGGAGAAAUGAACCUGCACCUACAUCACUACUGCCUAUGCCUUGUAUUCCACGAAGAGCUGGAAACUAUGCGAAAGAAAUACGUUCACAUCUAGCACAUCAUUUUGUUACCAGUGGUGAAAUACCGUGGCAAAACAGAUAUUAA